GAGAACAUGAGUGGAAGCAGGACAGAAAUGUUCGCAGGGUUAACUGUAACACGACAGUUAAGACCACUUGGUUCCGAUGGCUUCCGCAGGAGAUGUUGGUUGCACAUGAGAGCCAGGUUCCCUACUCUCGAAGCGGUUCCCGAAAUAAAACGAGCUGUGGCACGUUUCUGCCAUAUCGAGGAAAGUGGCGUACACUCUGAUUGGGUGAGGGAGGUCCAGCUACGAUAUAAGAAAUAUGCUGUUGACAAGAAAUGCAAGAGGAAGGGGGCAGCAGUGAAGCAGAGAGCAGCAUCGGAUCAUCCCCCAGUUACUGCUGCUGGUACCCAGACAGAUCCACUGCACGCAUUGCACUGCAAGGAUUGUGUGACCAAUGCCAUGCGGCAUGUCCUGGACGAAAAGGCGGCGGAAAUUGCGGAGAUGAGGACCAAUCUCCUCCUCCACCAAGCACCCUCUCCGACCCCAGCACCCGUCAGCAGUAUCCUGAUCAGAACCCCUGACCCCAUCCGCUCUCGCUCGCGAACUCCCUCCGUCAGUUCAAAUGGGCCAGGACCGUCCCGUUCCAGUCACGGUACACCAGUCUGUGCUGUGCAACCACGAUCACGGAUUAAUUCAGCAGCAUCCAGUAUCAGUGCGGACAACUGGGGGCCCGAAUCUGUCAUAGAAGCCAGAGUCCGCAUGGCUGCUGAGAGGAAAAAAAAGGCCUCUCAAAAGAAGCUCACUGCGACUGAGAUUUUCCGACAGCGUUGGGGAGGUUCAGUUUAACUAUAAAACUUACUGUGGGAUACUGAAGGGAAAAGAAGCAGUUCUAACGAGCUCUUCUCAAACACAAGGAUAUAUCUUGUGAAC